AAAUUUUGCACGGUUAGAUGCAUUCCAUGUCUUGAUAUCAUAUUGUUUUGAAAAUCGUUCACGAACCGAAAUGCAUUAUGAAAAUUUAACGUUCGAUCCAUAUAAAUUAAAAAUCAUUUUCAACUAUCGCGUAACCGAAUAAAUAUCACGAGAGCUAACCAAACGCUGUCAUGAUGACAUAUUUUUCGAGUGAUUGGUACCCCUGCUUCGUCCCCCAUCCUCUUCAUUGUUGCUGUUUAGUACCCGGUGUGUUUGCGUUUUUCGUUGUUUCUCGCGUAUAAAGUUUCGCCGCAGCAAGUCCCGGCAGUUUCACGGAAAAGUGUCGACAGAUACUCUUUCUGUGAACGAAGGAGGCAGAGGGGGUAGCAGGCGGAGAAGAUGGAAAAUUUGGAGGAGGUAUUGCAGGCGCUGGACGAGUUUCAGAAAAUGCGUCCGAGUGAGAUACCCCGUGAACUCGAAGACUAUUUGUGUUGGGUCGCGAAAACCGGUGAUCCCGUUUAUCAUUGGUCAUUGAUAAAAACGCUCUUCAGGGAGAAACUGACACGCGUGAUGACCGACUUCUACGAAAAUUGCCCGACUUUGGAACUCGCGCCUUGUCCGAACGUCGAGCAUUUCAAUUACGACACUAUGAAAAGCAAUCUUCUGGACCGUUUGGAGUCAUUCGCGAACGCACCGUUCACCGUUCAGCGGAUUUGCGAAUUAUUGACAGCGCCACGUAAAGAAUACAAUAGGGUCGACAAAUUUAUGCGUGCUAUAGAAAAGAACAUCUUGGUUGUUUCCACCAGAGAGCCAGGACCGAUAGCUAGGAGGAACGAAAAUGGAGACAGCAUGGUCAAUGGAUCCGUAGACGAAGAUACUUCUGUAACCCAACCUCCCCAAGACGUAGAAAUGGAGUAUUGGGAAAAGGACUGCCCUUCUACCGUUACGAUUAGCGUUCACACCGUUGAAAACGAAACACCUUUAUUGCACACUGUUAUACCCACUACCACUGUAGUAAAAAAUGUGUUUGGUGCCGAGGAAACUUCUCACGAGAAGGUCGAGUCAACCUCUUCCAAAUCCGAUAUCGUGGGAUCUAAUUUUAUACCGACUACCUCAGAGUUUUCCGGCGUUUCGAAUUUAACUUCGCCGGCGCAAACUCAGGACACGCAGAUAGGUUCUACGAUACAAAAUUUGUCGACCAUUGUUCCCGAACCUUCCGGAAUUGUCGGCGAUGUUCCAGAAGCUAUAAUGAACGAAGACACCAGUUCUCAACCUAGUUUAGAUUUGGAGAACGAAGAAGGAGAUACGGACUCCACGCGAAAAUUGCAAACUACCUUCCAGACAAAAGAUUUUGGCUCGAGCGAAAAUAAGUCUUCAAAAUUCUAUGUAGAUAAUUCUAAGGUUAACGAAAAAGCAGAAGGAGGAGCAAUACAGAUGCAUAUACAGGAAGGACCAACUAAAACUAAUAACGUAUCGGAGAAAUCGGUUAUUGAAUCUAAAAUGCCGUUAGAGAACAAAGAAUUUGCUAAUCCGGUGGUCGAAAAUCUUAUAAAUACUUCUAAUAAAAACUUGGAGGAUAGAACAAAAUUAGAUACAGAGGUGAAAGACACGCAAAUAAUCAACGAUACGCCCGGUACCAAUACAGAGGAAAAAGAAACACUGCCUCUAGAUAAUGCUAGUAUAGAAAAUACAUCUUCGACGUGUAAUUCAAAUAAAUCUGGAGAUACUCUGCUCUUAUCUGCCGGUGAUGUAAGUUCAGAAGACGAUGCGUCCGUAAAUGUAUCCGAAGACAUGGCUUUGGAUGUGGAGGAUUUAAAAGAUCAAAGUAGAAAAACGGAGUUAACGGAAGAUCCAAAACCUAUAGUGGAAGAACCGUGUUCUAAAAAUAACACGAUAGAAAAUUUCAGUCAUAGCAAAGAUGAGGACAAUUUGACGAUAACGGAAGCAAUAGAAGACGAGGCCAGAGUAAUAAAGUCUAUAGUACCUGAUCCAAUUCCUAUUGUGGAAGAACCAAAAGAUGCGGAAGCUGUUAACAUAGAGGCUGAAAAUACUACCCCGAUCGUUGAAAUAUCAGAAGAUUCUGAAAAUCAAAAUCCUAUGGUUAUUUGUCAUACAGAUUGCGAUGAUAAAAUGUCUAUCGACAGUAGUGAUAUAACGGAAUUGCAAGGUAACGAUGUAACUGCCAGCACACCUAAAGUGGAAGAUAAUGACACUGUAGUGGAAAACGUCGCAAACAAAAAGGAGGAAAAUACAGUAGAAUUAAUGGACGUAGACGACGAAGAAACAUUGUCUGUGUUUCAGCAAGACGACGAACCAAUGGAACAAGAAACAGCACAUAUGUCUCAAAGUUAAUAAUGUGGUACAGUCGGGCUUGUAACCGGAGCGUACGAAAUUCUAAUGCGGCUCCUUACAAAUGUGACGUGUGAUAGCUAUGUAAACAAAGAAGCACUUGAAACAUGCAUCCUGUUGUUUUAAAUUACUUAUUAUUGGCAAAUAGGAACUAAUUGUGAGUACAACUUCAGACUUUGAUCGUGUUCUAUAAUUCCAUUUUUCAAUGUUGAACUGGCUACAGAAAUAAUUGGUGAAUUAAUUCGAUGAUCUUGAAAUUAUCAAAUUUGUUGAUGUAUCAGCUUUGGAAGCUUAACGAAUAUUAGACACAGAUUUCCACAGUGAUGAUUGAAAACUACAAAUGUUCCAAUUAUAUAGGAUCAGAGCAUAGAUUUCGUUUUCUGAUUUGGGAUUCGGUCAAUACACGAAUGUUUUUGUUAACGCGUAUUCUCUACAUAAAGAAGUAAAACAUAGCAAGGGAGAGUAUGUCCUAGUUCAUUUUUCCGAUUAGAGAAACAAAUACUACUAUUUCAUUUGUACCUUGCUACGUUUUCUAAUAGAAAAAUGAUAAUUGAAUACUUAUCGAAUAACGAAGACAAUGCCCUUUCUUUCUCACAAAAGGAAACGUAUUAAACGGACUCGUGUAACGGUACGAAAAUUCGGCUAUUUAAUUAAAACAAUUUUGCUUCUUAUCAUGUGAUCAGAUAUUUUUAUGCAGGCACGAGUCUAGUGGUAGAUUACCCAGAUGUAAUUGUAGUAAUGGGAUAUUAAUUUAAAGAUGAUAUAGAUCGACGAUAUAAGAUACAUUGAUAACUUAAAAAAAAAAGCAGUGUACAUUAUUUUAUAGGAAAAUACAUUAAAAUUAUUACCAAAGUGGAAUUAUUUAUAAUACCUGCCUUACACCUUAGAUCAGAGAAAAAAACAAAUAUAUAUAUAGCUUUGUGAUUUUUAUAUCGAAUCACAACUUGUAUAAGUGCUUUGUGUGUUA